AUGGAUCAAUACACAAAGGAACUCAACAAUGUGACUCCAAAUGUUAACCAAAACACCAAUGAUCACAUACAAUAUUUUAAAUCAAAGGAAAAUAAGAAAAGGAUCAAUACACUCAAACAGAAAUAUUUCAAGCAUCUUAAGACCAUAAAAACAAAACUGCUUUUUGGCAACGUUCUCAAGGAAGGAACUCCAAUUUCUGUGAACCCUCUUGUGAUUUGGGCUUGGGCAGGACUCCUUAUCAAUGCCAUCAACAGUAUUCCUGCUGGAGAGCUUGAUGGAGGGAGAAUUUCUUUUGCCUUAUGGGGAAGAAAGCUUACUAUGCAAGGGAAACAACAUAUUGAAUCUUCUAGCAAAGUAAACAAUAUCAAGCAUCGUGACGAAACACUGCCUGAUGUUCGAGUACGGAAACUAAAGGAUCAGCUCAUCCAAGCUAAAGUUUAUCUUUCCCUUCAGGCAGUUACGAACAUUCGCCAUCUCACUCGGGAACUUCGGCUACGGGUAAAGGAAGUUUCACGAACAAUUAGAGAGGCAAGCAAAGAUUCUGACUUGCCAAGGAAUGCAAAUGAGAGAAUGAAGGCAAUAGAGCAAUCAUUGAUGAAAGCAAGGAAAAUUCAAGAUGAUUGUGCCACAUCCGUGAAGAAGCUUAGGGCUAUGCUCCACUCAUCAGAGGACCAGCUUCGCGUGCACAAGAAAAAGACCAUAUUCUUAAUACAGUUGACAGCUAAAACACUGCCUAAAGGUCUCCAUUGUCUUCCGUUGCGCCUUACAACUGAAUACUAUAACUUGAACUCUUCUCAGCAACAAUUCCCCAAUCAAGAGAAGUUAGAAGACCCUGGACUAUACCAUUAUGCAAUAUUCUCAGAUAACAUAUUGGCCACAACUGUUGUUGUGAAUUCUACUGCUGCCCAUGCUAAGGAUUCCUCCAAACAUGUUUUCCACAUUGUAACUGAUAGGCUCAAUUAUGCGGCAAUGAGGAUGUGGUUUUUGGCCAAUCCACCUGGAAAGGCGGCAGUUCGAGUUACAGUCCAGUUCUUAAGCAGCUAG